AUGGCAGAUAACACGGCUGCCGUCCAGCCAGUCGACCCGGCGCUCAACCUCAUUCCCGUGGGCAUCAAAGAGGCUGCUCUCGAUUCGCCCACCUUCCGAGCCACUGCCCUGCACUUCGCCGACAACAUCGAUGCCGUGGAGCGAUGGCUGGACGGAUAUGUCAAGGCGGCGUCGAAAUUAGUCGCAGAAGUGUCGUCUCUAGAGAGCGCUGUCAACUCGUUCUUGUCGCAGUCUACGCCUCCAGCACAGAUUAGCGAGGCUGUCUUGGACCAUGACUACACUCUUUUGGCGAUGCGAAGGUAUGGAGAGGGUGCGAGGGAGUUUUGGAACAACACAUUGCGUGGCAUCAAACGAUAUGACACUGCAGUUGUCGAUCCAAUCAAGUCGUUUCUGAACAACGAGCUCCGUACUUUCAAAGAUGCUAGACGAUCCAUGGACACCACCCAGAGAAACUUCGACACCGUCAUCAAUCGUUACCUCGCUCAAAGCAAGAGCAAGGAAGCUUCAUCACUACGCGAGGACGCAUUCCAGCUCCACGAGGCUCGAAAGGCAUAUUUGAAGUCGAGCAUGGAUUUCUGCGUCCAAGCACCACAGCUGCGAGCGUCGCUGGACAAGCUUAUUGUGAAGAUUUUCACAGAUCAGUGGAAAGAGAUGCGUUCUGCAAGAGACGCUGGCUCGGUUGCAUUCUCGAAAUGGAGCAGCGAGAUGGAUCGUAUAAAAGGGUGGAGCAAAGAAAUGGAGAACUCUGAGCGAGCAUUCAAGCGGGAGCUGCUCGUAGCAAGACGACAGAUCGAAGAGAGUGCAGAACAGAAACAAAGGCCGUCGCGCGAAUUGGAGGACUACGCCGCUUCGACAGUUCCUUACCUAGGGACUGGGGCGUCAUCUGCCGCUGGACCUGGGAAGACUGGCCAGGAGAAGUCAGAGAAACACGGAUGGCUGUUUCUUCGAACGGUCACAGGCAAGCCAGCAAGAACUAUCUGGUCUCGAAGAUGGUUCUUCGUCAAGAACGGCAUCUUUGGUUGGCUCAUUCAAGGUGCAAGGUCAGGUGGUGUAGAAGAAAGCGAGAAGACUGGUGUGCUACUCUGCAGUGUAAGGCCGGCAUUCCAAGAGGAGCGUAGGUUCUGCUUCGAAGUCAAGACGAAAGAUCAAAGCAUCGUCCUGCAGGCUGAGACGCAACAAGAACUCACCGAGUGGAUCAGCGCAUUCGAGGUCGCGAAAAGGAAGGCUCUUGAAGACCCUGCAAGCACCGAGGCGUCAUCUCAGAUUCCAGGGGUCGAUGCAGCCUUUGCCAUCAGUCCGCCUGUUGCCCCCGAAUUUGCUGCCAAAGUCGGUGAAGGGCAUGUUCCGCAAGGAAGUGAGGAUGCUGGUCUUUCUGUGCCAGAGCGUGAAGGCACGGGGCUUGCCACACGUGCCAGCUUCGACAUCAACCCUGCUCGCCGUGUCAUGAGCCUCGAAAAGGACAGUGAUGGCAUUCGUGAAGGCACCCGAGAUCAUGCAGCACGCAUCAUCCAGAAGCUGGAUCUUCACAAACGAUCCACGGCGACAUCGCAGCCCAACCAAGCCCCAGCACCCAGUGGCAUUGCAAGUCUUAUAUCUGCAAGCCACAACAUCCUGCCAGUCGGGCCUGGCGCUCCUCCGCCACCAACCACAGACGGCUUAAGGCGCAAUUUCACGAUUCCUACGAGUAGCCUCGCACCCUCGACGCUAGCCAAUCCACCGGCUGCCACCAAUCUCAGCGCUACAGCAGUGAUCGUUAAUGGGGAACGGGGCGUCGGCCUUGGACGGGCAGACGGCUCAGGCAUGCCAGCAGGUAUCACCUCUAACAUCUGGGGUAGUAGUAAUUGGGGAUAUGUCAAUCGACUCGGCGACGACGCGAAGCUGAGGAGACCAAAUCCACAACCCAGCAGCACGCCAACACGCGCAAUGUCCAUCUCGCAGGACGAUUCAAUCAUCAUGGACGGCAUGAAUGAGCCUCCAAAACAGAUGGAACCUUUGACAGAGUUUAGCACUUCACCCUCCCAUCGCAAAAAUCUCAGCAUUGGAACACCGAGCCUUUCAACGACGAAGCAGGCUACAGAAGAUGGUACCGACGAGUAUCCCAACUAUUACCCUCUCCCACUCAAGGCACAGAACGCUCAAUUCCGCAUGCUCUUUCCCAAUGUCCACAAGCGCGACAAGGUCGUGCUCGUGUUUCGUGCUACAUGGAACCCCAACGAGCAACAAGAGUUUCCAGGUCGUGUGUACGUCACCACGAACGACAUUUACUUCUUCUCGAACCAUUUAGGAUUGGUCUUGAUCACUGGCGUGAGCCUGAGCUCUAUCAGCGAGGUCACGGCCGCACCUGGCCGUGACUGCGAUUUUCUGUACCUGCAUCUCAAGGAAGGCAAUCGCCAAGACGAUGCCCGCCGCAUCACCAUCAAAGUCUUUUUGGAGCCUUUGAAGCUGUUGCAACGUCGGCUCAAAUUUCUUGUGCGGAAUGCGGAUGCUGAAGAGCCGGCAUCACUCGAGGAAGUGUUGAAAACACUUAUCAAGCUAGAGGUAGAAGAGCCUCGGCGAAGCUCCAGUGUUGAAAGCUGGGAAGAUGUCGCAUAUGACGCCGAAGAUACACCUGCUGGCGAUCCAAGUACACCACAGCGACGAAGAGAGAGGAAUCUAAAGGCAAAUCUGCGGAUCGAUGGAAACCUCUACGGCGAGACUGCAAGGACUGGCAGGGAGAUCCAAAAAUUCAAGCUACCAAACCAGGCUGUUGUCUACUCCCCUCAGGGCAUGCAAGCAGGCAUAUCUCGCGAUUUUAAUGUCAGUGCCAAGGCAUUGUUUCACGUCAUGUUCGGCGACAAGAGCGCAGUAUUCCAACUGCUUUACUGCAAUCGCUGGGCCGACAAAAUUGUACAGACCCCAUGGACCAAAACAGAAGGCGGCCAUUGGUCAAGGAAGUUCUCAAGCCAGGAUCACAGGACACCGAUGGCGGACACUCAGGCGAUCGACAUCUACAACGAUCAUCUUUGCUAUGUUGUGACGAACGAAAAAUACCCAUGGCGAUUGCCAUACGCAACCUCAUUUACGCUGUUGACGAAGUAUGUCAUUACUCAUUCCGCCAAAUCACGCUGCAAGCUUGCCAUAUUCCAGAAUCUUGUCUGGCGCAAGCCCGGUCCAUUCGGCUAUCUCAAGCAUCUGAUUGAACGACAAGCCUUCAAUUCAUUGGAAGCAGAUGCUCUCGAUAUCACGACGGUGGCGAUGGAUCAAGUCGCAAAGCUUGGCAACCACAGCAAGACGAACAAGGCCAUAGAAAUCUUCGGAAACGUUGGCCAUUCCACACAAUCCGCGAAGCUCGACAGUUCUCAAGUCUCGAAAGAGACGCUGCCUGUAGUACAGGUUGGACAAAGCCAGCCGAUUACACUAUUCCGGCUUGUGUCGAACGAUCUCUUCGCAAAGGUGCUCAGUCUCUUCAGCAUGACGUUCGAUGUACUGGUUGCUAUUGGCAAGGGCAUAUUGGGCCUUUGUACUGCACACGGACUCCUGGUAACAGUCUUGGCUAUUUCCGCCCUCUACAACACCUGGCACGGAUAUCGAGACGGACUGGUGUGGUAUCAUGACCGCUCCGCCGCAAAAUUCAUGGCCAAAAUCGGGGUCGUGCCGAGCCCGAACUUGAGCAAGGCGGUCUAUCUGAGCGACAUCGAACAACUCAUCGAUACUAGCUCCAUGCAGAAUGAUACGCUUGCGCCUUUUAUCCCAGCCCACGAGGACAGCGAAAAGACGUGUAGGACCACGUUUAGCGAACAGCUUCUCUCGUCCACGGACGCCUUGUCCUCAACUGCCAGUCCAACUCGCACUCGAAUCCACCGGUCUCGAGACGCAUUAGCACGGUAUCGGCACGACUUACUGGUGGCUCUGCGUGUUGUGAACCGGGUGGAGCGCGACGUCGUUCUGGCUGAAUGGGAAGACUGGGUACGCUCUGAAGAGAAGAAGUGUGCCAAGAUCGAAGGCAUGGUUCGAAGACGUCGAGACACUGGCAAGAAAGAUGGCAAGAACGCUCGUACAGAGACGACCUUGGGCUCAGAUCUUGGCGCUGACUUCGCAGAGUAUUGCACCAGCUGCCGCGAAGAUUUACAAGGUCUAAACAACAGAACGGCGUUGAUAUGA